AUGGAUAUGCCAGCUAAGCAAAUUGGGCAGGCUAUGGAUGAACAAUAUAAGUGUGAGAUUAGUAGAAAUAUGGCUUACAAGGCAAGGAGUAAGGCUAGGAAGAAUAUUAAGGAAAGUGUAGCCGAACAAUAUGCUUUUGUUUGGGAAUAUGUUGCUGAAUUACAGAGGACCCACCCAAAUACGACAAUUGACAUUCAAUACAAUCCGAGAAGUGGUCCUGAUGAGAGGCCUACAUUUACCCGAUUCUAUUGUUGUUUAGGACCUCUCAAAAAGGGGUUUAAUGAUGGCUGUAGACCCAUUAUAGCAAUUGAUGGGUGUCACACAAAAGGAGCCUAUCUGGGACAAUUGUUGACAGCCAUUGGGAUAGAACCCAAUAAUGGAUGGUGGCCCAUUGCUUGGGCUGUUGUUGAAAAGGAGGCAAGAGAGCAGUGGCAUUGGUUCCUGAGCUUAUUGAUUGAAGACUUACAAAUAGCCACUGCCAGCAGUCAUUACACAUUUAUUUCGGACCAGCAAAAGGGGCUUGAUAGUGCACUUUUGGAACUUCUUCCAUACUGUGAACACAGAUUCUCUACAACUGUUGAGUUGUAUGAGGUAGAACUUGAAGACUUGAAAGAGUAUGACCAGUUUGCAUAUGCAUGGGUCAAAAGGGCAGCACCACCACAGCAUUGGUGUAAGGCAUUUUUUCCUCAUCAUGUUAAAUCUGAUAUGUUAGUUAAUAAUCUCUGUGAGACGUUUAAUGCAAAAAUAUUAGAAUACAAGGAUUUACCUAUUAUUGGAAUGAUAGAAGGAAUUAGGGAGUAUUUAAUGGGUAGAAUAGGAGAUGGGGCGGCUUGGAUGAAAAAAUGCCCUGGUGCUGUUGGUCCAACUAUUAAGGAGUUGAUUGAAAAAAGGCAAAACAGUCUAGGAAAUGGAAAACUGUGGCAAAUGGUGAUGGGGGUUAUCAAGUCAAAGGGCCUAGAGGGGAACAAUAUGCUGUGUAUGUACAAGAAAGAACAUGUACUUGUAAUUUAUGACAAGUUAGUGGGCUGCCAUGUUGCCAUUCCAUUACAGCACUUCAUAGAAUGA